CUCCUCCUUUUGCUGGGAUUCUGUGGGGAUGACGGAGGGCCACACAGACGCUUUCCUGGGUAGAAGCUGCCGGCCAGCCAGGGUGGAUGGGGAAAGCCGGCUGCAGGACCUCUCCAGCCUGGAGGAGGUUAAAUGAGCCAGCAGCUCGAUUUGGUAACCAGGAGGUUCAUGGGAUCCCUUAUAAAGAGCUUUCUCUGAGCGACAGACGCACCGAUUCAUGCACAGGCGUCCCCUCCUGCAGACGCAGCCCUUGCUCCUCAGCGGCAGCGGCGCGGCUGUGGCGGCUGCUGCCACCCGAUUCACCCUCUUUUUGAGCUCAGAGAGUGGUCGUUUAUCACCGGUCCCCAGCCUUUCUGGCCCGCCUCCUGCCUCCUCCAGCGGCUGAACUGGGGUCCUGAGUCAGAGGAGAAUCAUCCGCUUGCCGCUGGUGCCACCCACCCCGUCCUGCCUGCUUCGCUGGAAGGGCAGACAGAAGGCACGAUGGAGCUGGGAGGACCUGCCACCCCGGAGGACGGGAGAAGCGGCAAAGUCGCCAACGGGGAAGGGCAGCCGAAGCCCCAGCCGCGGGAUGAUGCCAAGGCCUUCUAUGACAACCUGUCUCCCAAAAAGAAGCCCAAAUCACGUGGAAAAACACCCCUUCCCCAUGGAAUUUCACGGAUGUUAUGUCGGGAUAAAGUGUGCAUCAUUAGGAUGAUGAAACAUCAAGCGCCCAAACCACAAAACGCCAUCACCAUCGCAGUGUCAUCCCGAGCGCUCUUCCGCAUGGAAGAAGAGCAGAAGAUUUACAACGAGCAGGGCGUGGAGGCCUACGUGAAAUACCAGCUGGAUCAUGAGAACGAGCCUUUCCUACCGGGAGCUGCCUUCCCCUUUGUUAAGGCCUUGGAGGCUGUCAAUGCGCAGCUGCGGGAGCUCUAUCCGGACAGCGAGGAGCUCUUCGACAUCGUCCUGGUGACAAACCACCAUGCUCAAGUGGGAGUGCGCUUGAUCAACAGCAUCAAUCAUUACAAUCUCUUUGUCGAGAGGUUUUGCAUGACGGGAGGGAACAGCCCCAUCGACUACCUAAAAGCCUACCACACCAACCUCUACCUGUCGUCGGACUCCGAGAAAGUGAGGGAGGCCAUCGAAGAGGGGAUCGCCGCUGCCACCAUUUUCAGCCCAAACAGGGACGUGACCAUCUCGGAGGACCAGCUGCGGGUGGCGUUCGAUGGGGACGCCGUGCUCUUCUCCGAUGAGUCCGAGCAGAUUGUGAAAGCUCACGGCCUCGACAAGUUCUUUGAGCACGAGAAGGCCUAUGAGAACAAGCCCCUGGCUCAGGGGCCCCUGAAGGGUUUCUUGGAAGCCCUUGGGAAGCUGCAGAAGAAGUUCUACACCAAAGGCCUGCGGCUGGAGUGCCCCAUUCGCACCUACCUGGUCACAGCCCGGAGCGCCGCCAGUUCGGGCGCCCGUGCCCUCAAGACUCUCCGGAGCUGGGGGCUCGAAACCGAUGAAGCCCUCUUUCUAGCCGGGGGGCCCAAGGGCCCCUUGCUGGAGAAGAUCCGCCCGCACAUCUUCUUUGAUGACCAGAUGUUCCACGUGGAAGGGGCGAAGGAGCUGGGGACCAUCGCGGCCCACGUCCCUUACGGGGUGGCCCAGAAGCACCGGCGCUCCGCUCGGGGAAAAGAGUCUUCGGACCACAAGUAGCGUCCAGGGAUGGCACUGGGCUAGAAGCUGC